AUGAUUGACCUGCAGCAGCUCCAGGUAGAGAAAGGCGGCAACCCCGAGGUGGUGCGUGAGUCGCAGCGCAAGCGUGGCGCGAGCGUGGAGCUCGUCGACGAGGUGCUCGGCCUGUACAAGGAGUGGGUGCAGCUCGAGUUCCAGCUGAACAACCUCCAGCAGGAGGUCAACGCGACCCAAAAGGCGAUCACCGCGAAGAAGAAGAACAAGGAGAGCGCCGACGAGGAGCUCGCCCAGAAGAAGGAGAUCGAUGCCAAGAUUGCCGACUUCAAGCCCAAGGUCGCCGAGGCGGAGCGCGUGAUGCGCGCCAAAGCGGGCACGAUCGGCAACAUUGUCGGCGACAACGCCCCGGUGUCCCAGACCGAGGACGACAACGUGACCACCAAGACGUGGCACCCCGACGGGCCCAACGGCGUGUUUGAGAAGAAGGACAAUAUCCUGUCGCACCACGAGGUCAUGUACCGCCUCGAGACCUUUGACACGGAGCGCGGCGCAAAGAUCGCCGGCCACCGCGGUUUCUACCUGACCGGCGACGGUGUCGACCUGAACCAGGCGCUGAUCAACUACGGUCUCGACUUCCUGCGCAAGAAGGGCUUCAAGAAGAUCAUGACGCCGUUCAUGAUGCGCAAGGAGCACAUGGCCAAGACGGCGCAGCUCGAGGACUUUGACGAGGAGCUCUACAAGGUCACCGGCGACGAGGACGACAAGUACCUCAUUGCCACGUCCGAGCAGCCCAUCUCGGCGUUCCACUCGAACGAGUGGUUCGAGAAGCCUGCCGAGCAGCUCCCGAUCAAGUACGCGGGCUACUCGACGUGCUUCCGCAAGGAAGCCGGCUCCCACGGCAAGGACACUUGGGGCAUCUUCCGCGUGCACCAGUUCGAGAAGAUCGAGCAGUUCUGCAUCACGGACCCUGCCAGCUCGUGGGCGAUGCUCGACGAGAUGCUGCAGAACUCGGAGGAGUUUUACCAGAGCCUCCAGAUCCCCUACCGCGUCGUGGGCAUCGUGUCGGGCGCGCUGAACAACGCGGCGGCGCAAAAGUACGACCUCGAGGCCUGGUUCCCCUUCCAGGGUGAGCACAAGGAGCUCGUCUCCUGCUCGAACUGCACCGACUACCAGAGCCGGCGGCUCGAGGUGCGCUGCGGCAUCAAGAAGCAGGGCGACUCCAAGAAGCAGUACUGCCACAUGCUCAACGGCACGCUCUGCGCUACGGAGCGCGCGCUGUGCUGCAUCGUCGAGAACUGGCAGACGGAGGAGGGCCUGCGCAUUCCCCCGGUGCUCCAACCCUAUAUGCAGGGCCGCGACUUUAUUCCGUUCACGCGUGCACUGCCCAAGGGCACCACGAGCCAGAAGCGCAAGUAG